AUGUUUUGGGUCGUGAUCGCGGCGGUUGCCGUCAUCGCUUCGGCAUGGCUGGCUCGCAUUAAUUCGGCUAUGAAAAGCGUGCCUGAAGACGUGCAGAAAAUCUCGCCUCGCCGCUGGACAAAAGAUCAGCUUCGGAAUGUUUAUCAGCGGGUGAGACAGAACCCGAUCGACUAUGCUCGGCUCCUCCCGCCACGCCUGAAUAGGCGGUAUGUCGUUGUCGGCGGGUCAGGCCUCGUGGGAGGAGACAUUGUCUUGCAGUUGCUCCAGCGCGGCGAAUCGCCUGAGAGCAUCCGUGUCGUCGACUUCGUGCCGCUCAACCGGCGGGACAUGGUCAAGACGGCUGCCGGCUGUGACUUUGUGAAAGCCGACAUUACCUCCCGGUCGUCUGUCGAAGCUGCCUUCUCGAAGCCGUGGCCCAAGUCUGUUGCCAAGCUGCCCCUGACCGUCUUCCACACCGCGGCUGCUGUCCGGCCUCAGGAACGGAACCCACUCUUUUACCACCGCAUCAGUUCCGUGAACCGGGAUGGCGCCGUGAACGUCCUCGAGACCGCCCGGGAUGCGGGUGCUGAUAUCCUCAUCGCCACCUCGUCCGCCUCUGUCAGCAUUGUGCCCCCCAGCUUCUGGAUCUGGCCAUGGCAGAGCAACCCGAAGAGGUACUACCAGAUUGCCAACGAGAAGGACUUUGAUGCUCCCCUGCGCGCGCAUGAUUUGUUCUUUUCCAACUAUGCCCGCUCCAAAGCCGAAGCCGAGCGCGCAGUGUGCGGUGCCAACGAAGACGGCUUCCGCACGGGCACUAUCCGGCCCGGCAACCCGAUCUACGGCCAAAAGACCGACCCAGUCAUCGGCAUAUUACUCCGACUGGGCGACAACGUGACCUGGAUCCCGCACGUCGUGCAGCACUUUGUCAACUCGCGCAACGUCGCCCUCUCCCACCUGCAGUUCGAGGCCGCCCUAGCCCGCAAGGAUGCGCCCAUGCCCGCCUGCGCCGGCCGCACCUUCAACGUGACCGACGUGGGGCCGCCCAUCACCUUCGCCGACAUCUACGAGGCCGGCGAGCACCUGUCCGUCACGCGCGUGCGCGACAAGCGCCAGAGCCCGCUGGCCCUGCUGCUCGUCGCCUACGCCAUCGAGGCCUGGUGCCUGCUGCUGGCGCGCCUGCCCUUCCUGACCACCGUCUUCGGCCUGCGCGAGCCCUCCGGCCCCAUCCACAUGCUCCAGCCCGCCAUCUUCAGCGUCUCCAUCCACACCGUCAUCGACGACAGCGCCGCCCGCAAGAGUGUUGCGGACGGUGGGUUUGGCUACCAGGGCGCGUGUACCACCAUUGAGGGUGUUUGUGAGCAGAUCGUGGAGUGGAACCGCGAGCAUGAGGAUGCGGCCGAGGAGGUUGGGGGUGCGCCGGAUGGAAAGCUUGCGAAGGCUGCGUUGACGGGGAAGGGUGUUGCAGCUUGA